ACAGACUACAAGCCAGAGCGUUGGAUAUGCUGUGGGAUGGAUGAGAGUGAACAAAACAAAUAUGUGUCGCAGCUUAAGGAGGUGUUUAACAGCUGCGAUACCACAGGGACAGGCUACCUGGACAAGGAAGAGUUGACUGAACUCUGCCGGAAACUCCACUUGGAGGCCCAGCUCCCUCUGCUGCUGCAGAGCCUGUUAGGUGUUGACCUUUAUGCCAGGGUGAACUUUGAGGAGUUUAAGGAGGGAUUUGUCGCUGUGCUUUCAACUUCCAUUGACCUCAGUACCUCAGGAGAUGAGAGCAGUUACCUGGAACCAAUGGUUCCAGAGGAGGUGCAGCCAAAGUACGUCAAAGGGAGCAAACGAUAUGGACGCAGGUCAGUUCCAGAAUUUUUGGAUUCUGAGGUGGAAACUACAGGUGAUUUAGAAGAGCCGGUUCCUUUCAAGACGGCAAAGGCCGAGCCAGGCCUACAAGGCACAAGUAGGAGUCAACUGAGACGGUCCACCUCUCUGGAGAGUGUGGAGAGUCUCAAAUCCGAUGAAGAAGCUGAAAGCAACAAAGAACCUCCUCAUGAAACCUUUGAAGCACAAGGUCAGAUGAGUAUGUGGAAUCCUGAUGGCUUUGACAGUCCCACGAGAUCAUCCACUCCCUAUCCUGAUGCCACGGAGAAUCAUGUACAAGCUAUCUGGAAAGAAUUGGGAGUUGGGAAGAGCGGCUUCCUUAAUAAACAGGAAUUGGCAACAGUCUGUGAUAAUAUUGGUCUAAAAGACCUCGACGGUGAGGAAGUUGAUGACUUGUUCAAGAAGUUGGAUAAGGACUGCGAUGGAAAAGUCAGCCUUAAUGAAUUUCUUCAUGGCUUAUUUCGUCACGGACCGCAGGAGCUGGCAGCCUCUUCUUCCUCUUACAAACAGAAAUACCGUCGAGCUCUCCAUCAGGCAUUUGAUGAGAGUGGUUGCAGAACAGCAACACCAUCUUUUAUCUCAAACUUGGUUGGUUCAAGGCUAUUUUCCAGUCUCGAUGAUGGCACUGGUUACGUAUCACCUGAACAAGUGGUGAAUAUAUGGCAAGAGGAUGGAAUUAAAAGUAGCCAGGAGAUACUGCAGACAUUAGAUUUCAACAUGGAAGAAAAAGUGAACCUCACAGAAUUAACCAUUGCAUUAGACAAUGAGUUACUGGUCAGCAAUAAUGGAAUUUAUCAGGCUGCUUUAUCCUCUUACAAGAAUGAAAUUGGUUACCUUCAAGGACAGGUGGAACAAUCCAACAAGGAGAGAGACAAAAUAAAAUCAGACUUGGAUAGAGCCGAGAAGAGGAACUUGCAGCUUGCCCGGGAAGUGGAUGACCAUCACACUACUAUGGAGCUGCUCAAUGAAAGCAAAUUCAAAGAUCUGGACCAAGAGUACAAAGAUAAGGUGGCAGCAGUUAAAACUGAAAUGGACAAAGAGCAGGAGUUGGUUGUGCAACAGGUCAACAAGCAACGAGCUAAACUGGAACAGGAAGUGGAUUCCCUCCGGUCAGAGGAGAUCCUUCUGAGAGAUAGACUAAACCUUGCAAUUAAGGAAAAUGGUCGGCUGGAGAAGGAAGUGGGUGAAGUGGUUGAAAAACUGAGGAAUUCUGAGAAACUGGUGUGCAGGUUACAAAAAGACCUGGAUUAUGUGCUGAAAGAAAAGUUUGGAACGUUGGAUCUUCCCAGUACAGAGUAUUUUGGUCAGGAGGAACGUUUUGCUGAGAUUGUAAAAGAAUAUGAACAGCAGUGCAGGGAGCUGCGUGACCAGAACGAUGAACUGCAGUCGGAAGUAGAGAUACUGCGCUCCCAGCUACACGAGAGGAAGAACCACCGAACAAGGAACGUGAGGGACAAGUCUGUCCGUGUGAGAGCUGACGGCAGGAUCACCACGAGCCAGUCUGACUCUGCUCAGACGUCUGGGAGCCCUGAUGUGAGCAUAGAGGCCGAGAUGGCAAUUGAGCAGCUGAGAGAUCAACACAAGCAGGAGGUGCAGGAUCUCAAGAUACAACUGGAAACUAAGGUGAAUUAUUAUGAGAGAGAAGUCGAGCUGAUGAAGAGGGGUUUUGAGAAGGAGAGGAGAGACAUUGAGCAGAGCUUCAAGAUUGAGAUCAGUGAGCUGGAGGAACAGAUGGAAAGGCUUCAGGGUCUGGUCAGUGAUCUCCGAAAUCAACAGAAAGAAGCGGAAGCCAAACAUCAGGACAUUGUCUCCGAGCUGCAAAGGGAACGCGAGGAAGAAAGGACGAACCCGAAGGAGGAACUGGGAAAGAAUCACGAGAAGAACUUGAGAAUGAAUACAGAGGAGCUGAAGAUGAGCCUUUUGAGGAGUGGAGGGUUGUCUAACAGAUCUCAAGCUGAUGCUGAAACAAGGUUACGAUUGCAGGAGCUUGAGAAGGCAUUUAGUCUGGAGAGAACAGACAUGGAGGAGCAAUUUGCUAAGGAGAUCUCUGAGCGGGAACAGAAAUUGGUGAAUGAGAAAGAACAGCUGGAGAAAGACCUAAUGAACCAACACCAGCAGGAGUUAAACAAGCUGAGGAAAUCAAUGCAAGAUGAACUGAACCAGAGAUUGUCACUUUUGGAAGCUCAACGCAUUGCAAACCAUGACACCGUAAUACAAAAGUAUCAAUCUGAGAAUACAGAGCUAAUGCAGAUUUACCAGCGGGAAAGCAAGGAGCUUGUGAACCAGCACAGGGAGGAGAAGCGCCGAUGGGACUCUCGAAUCCAGGCAAUUUGCACGGAAGCCAAGAAAGAGAGACUAAACCUGCAAGAAAAGAUGAACCAAGAGCAAGCUGAGAUAUGCAAUACGUUCACCAAAGAGAAGGGGGAAAUGGAAACCCAAUACAAAGAGCAGAUUCGCAGACUCCAUACUGAGAUGGAAAGUUUGAAGACUCAGGUAAAGGAGAUGAAAAUGGUUUGUAUCGCUGAGGAGGAAACCCAUCAGAAAACCCGACUAGAUUUGCAGGAGAACGAGAGAGCCCCUGAAGAGGUCAGGCAAGAAAUUUGUACUCCUCUUUACAUGACCGACGAAGAUGGCUCGUCGGUCGUGAUGAAGGAGGAAGAAGCAGAUAGAUUAGCUCUGCAACAGCAGAGAGAUGAGAUGGAAGCGAAACUCAGGCAAGUAAUGGAAAAUUCUAUCAGAGAGAAGAACCUGCUCGAGCACGAGGUAGUCAGGCUGCAGUGUUUGGGCAGUGAGCUGGAGAGGAGGUGUGAAGCUGAAAAGAAGUACAGGUACGAGUCCAAAAUGCUUGCUGAAGAAAAUUUGUCUUUGAAAAGAAAGCUGGAAAGGAUUCACAUGGAGUUUCAAGAUCUAGAUAGAGAAAGAAGUAAACAAAGGAAGCAAAUGGAACAGUUGAAAGGGGAAAAAGACAGAGCAGAGGAGGAAGCCAAAGGACUUGAGAAUGUGAAUGACCAGUCCAAAGCAGAGAUGGCCGAGCUGAGGAGCAGGAUUCUCCAUCUGAGCAGUGAGAAUUCCCAAUUCAGUGCCAAGCUGGAAACCAGUCAGAAUGCUAUCCAGCUGCUCAACAACAGGCUAGCGGAACAUUCCCAGCAGACGGAAGAGCCAGUCGUGUCUGCUAAGCUGCUGCAGGCCACCUCCUGCCAGCGAGAGCAGGAGCAGCAAUCCAUAUGGGAGGAGAAGAUGGAGCUAAUGGAAAAGGAGCUGGGGAUCAUGAGGGAGAAGGUACUGGAGCAGAGUUCACAGGCGAGUGAGGCAGGUGCACUGAGGGCAGAGAAGGAGGACCUGGAGAGACGAUGCCAGACACUGACACAGCACUUCCAGGAGACCAAAGAGAAGACAAAAGACCUGGAAGCAGCUCUGGAGGGCGCACAUUCCGAGGCAGACCACCUGAAGUCGGAGCUCACAGCCACCCAACUGGACACCCUAUCACUCACUCAGGAGAUGGGGUCCCUGAGGAAGGCUUUACAGGAGGAUAGAGACAAGAUGAGUCGGAUGCAUAUACUUGAGAGUGAGUUGGAAGCUGUGAGACAGGAAUGUCAGACUGUUCAAAGCACACGAGUACAAUUGGAAGCUGCCCUAGUAGAGAUUCAGGAACAGUUGUUAGAUACCAAAGCCAGGCUGAUGCUUGCCAAAUCUCAGCAUGUGAGUCAAGAACAACAGUUGAAGGAGCACAUUAGUACUGCUGUAUCCAAAGACCAGUUGGUGCAGUUACAAAUUAAACUAUCAGAGGAGAAGGAGCGAGCAACUCAGCUGCAGGAACAGCUUGAUACUCAGACUCAGGAAGCCAACAAACUAAUGUUUGAACAACAGGUGGAAUAUGAACAGCUUCUGAAGCGAAUGGAGGAAAGGAUGGAACAGGUGGAAUACAAGCUGAAAGGUGUCCGAAUUAUUCUUCGAGAGAAAAUGAACCAGCUCAAAGAACAGCUGACUAAGAACACCAAGUCUGACCUGUUGCUGAAGGACUUGUAUCUGGAGAACUCGCAGCUGAUGAAGGCUCUGCAGGUUACAGAGCAUCGGCAGAAAAGUGCAGAGAAAAACAACUUCUUGCUGGAUGAGAAAAUUGCAGCGUUAAACAAACUGAUUAGAAAAAUUGCUCCCAUGUCUCUCUCCUAACAGUUAACUCUGGCAUCAAAGUAAUUUUUACAUGCCUGACAAUUUUAAAGCGUGUUUCACAAGUGCCUAUGGCAUUAAUUUAUGGCUGUAUGUACUCGAGUGUAAUCAUCUCCUCAAAGAUCAGAAUGAAAGUACCAUUGGCAUUUGGGAUUUUAAAGCUGUUUCAUAAUUUCCCCUUCAAAUUUUGCAUGGCAAAAAUGUUGUCUUUUUAAUGGAAAGUGUCAUAAGAUCGCAGACAAAGUUGGUAUGAAGAAUGGAAAACAAUGUAAUGAAAGGUGGCUCACCCAAGUUGAGAUUGCACCUGGAACUUGAGGUGAAAUUAGCAGUUGCAGUGUUAACUGAAUAAUUGAGGAACAAGAGUGUCUGGAGGUCAUAAUAAUACUUACUUUUGGUAUAUUGCCUUUGAUGUCAGGAGGAAGUCCAAAAGCAUUUCACAUGAUACUGUAAACCAUGGGGGGGAUUUAAGCUGUUGAUGAAAGCAGUUUGUAUCCGGUCUGCCUAUAACUACAAGCCAAAUACCUGAAAUUCAAAAUGAAGUCAGAUCCAGUGCUCUUGGUAACAAUACACCCUCCUGCUUUAGUUCAGUAAAAGCUUUGCCGCAGCCUCUUGACACUGAAGUUCUUUGACACAAAAUUCACUGAGGGUUCAAAGGGCAUUUAUGCAAUAAAUAAAAAUAUGGUACACGCCAACAAAUGAAAUCUGCUGUCGUGAGAAAUGCUAUUUUAAUUCUGAUCUUUCCUGGGAGAGAAUUACAUUAAUGUGGCAGAACAUGUUUUAAAAAAUAUUGGUAGUUUUUAAAAAAAAUCUUAUUUAUUAAUGGCUCUGAUUUUGUAAUAUUUUUUGUGACCCUUGAUUACUUUUGCAUAAUGUAUAGUUGUACAGUUGAUAUGAAAGCCAACUUAUGAACAUAUUUCAAACUAUGGUUUGAAAGAGCUGAUAUACUUGAAACUGCAAUAACACUACUUUGUAAAUGGUGAUUCUGCUGUACAGAAACAAAAUGUAUUGAUUAUUUAACUAUGGCCGUUUGUACGGAUUGAUUUUUCAAAAGAUGAUUUAAGCUAAUUUGUAUUGAAAUUUGUGAACUAUAAAAAUUCUGGUGCACAAUCCUGUGUCCAGGUUUUGUAAGCAGGGGAGUAUUGGUGCAGUUAAGAUUGAUAUUCAGCACAUCAUCAAUUCAGGUUCUCUCACUAGCUGCGGAAGACACUCUACUUACCUUCUUGACUGACAAUUUAAAAUUCCUCCAGGCUGAACCAAUAUGUAACCAUAUAUUGUAUUUAUAUAGCUGGAUGUUGCAUCAAUCACUAAUACUGGCAACUGCAUGCAUCAUUUUUCAUCUGUUCAGACGAAUAUUUAACCUGACAGAUCUGUUUAUAUUAAGGUCACUGUGGUUGUCUGGGACAAUUAUGACAGAGAAAUUGUGAAGACCUUGUAGCUUGGCUGACAGUUUCAAUACUUGUCUGAAGAGAUGGAAUUCAUUACCUGCUGACUAUUUGUAUUGGUAAUUGUACUGCCACCAGCCCUGAUGCUGUGGACAGAGAAUGAUGUAAUGCUACAAAAUAAUCCUUCUUGUUAUGAGUUCAACAUUUCCUGCAACUUUUUGUAAAUUGGAAAUGUACAUGGGGGGGAGGAA